ACAUCAGUAACAGCAACCAGAGGAGCAGGCUCUCAGCAGCCCAGCCCUUCAAAUCCAGAUCUGCCUGAGAGAACGCACCUCCUGGGUGGCCAGUGACCAGUCCUUGCCCCAGGAUGGGGACCGUGUCCAGAGCAGCCUUGGUCUUGGCCUGUUUGGCUGUUGCUUCUGCAGCCUCAGAGGGAGGCCCCAAGGCUCCAGGACAGAGAGAAUUGAGGCCAGAGCACCUCACCCAGCACCCUCAAGAAGUUGGUUAUGCAGCCAAACCCUCCCCACCCCUGACCCAAACCCUCCCCAUGGAUAAACCUGACACAUCUCAGCAUGGCCCUCGCUUUGAGGGACAGAGGGAAGGGAAAAGACCCCCUCCCCUCUCCUUGCCCUGUCUAGGAGAAGGGAUCACCUGCUCACACACUUCCCCUUCUAUAGCGCAGACCCCUCCUUCUCAGGAAGCCAUUCCUGUCCAAACAGAAGAGCUGCCCCCUCGCCAGCUCCCUGUUGAAAGGAAAGAUCACCCUCUCCCUCAUGGAGCCAUCCCCAUUCAAGAAGAGCUGCCCCCUCCCCAACUCCCUGUUGAACAAAAAGAAGAAAAGCCAGCGCACUCCCUGGGCCAGGGCCACCCAGAGCCUGAGUCUUGGAAUCCAGCCCAGCACUGUCAACGAGGUCGACCCCGAGGGGGCUGGGGCCACCGGCUGGAUGGCUUCCCCCCUGGGCGACCUUCUCCAGACAAUCUGAACCAGAUCUGCCUCCCUGGCCGUCAACAUGUGGUAUAUGGGCCCUGGAACCUACCCCAGACUGGCUACUCCCACCUCAUUCGCCAGGGUGAAGCCCUCAAUUUGCUGGAGACUGGAUAUUCCCGUUGCUGCCGCUGCAGCAGCCACACAAACCGCCUGGACUGUGCAAAACUUGCGUGGGAGGACGCAAUGACCCAGUUCUGUGAGGCCGAGUUCUCGGUCAAGACCCGAGCCUACGGGUGCUGCAAACAGCAGGGGGAGGCUCGAUUCUCCUGCUUCCAGGAGGAAGCUCCCUGGCCACAGUACCAACCCCGGGCUUGCCCUAGCCAGCAGCCUGGUAUUUCCUCGGGCCCCGAGCUACCUUUUCCCCCUGGGGUCCCCACACUGGACAAUGUCAGGAACAUCUGUCUCCUGAGACGCUUCCACUCUGUACCACGCAACCUCCAAGCUACUGGCCACAUCGAAAGGCAGCUGCAGGCCCUGACUCAGCUGGAACGGGCGUUCCAGCGCUGCUGCCGCCAGGAACACAACCACACCUGUGCACAGAAGGCUUGGGAGGAUGCCCUUGAUAGAUACUGUGACAAGGAGCAGGCUAUAAAGACCCACCAACACUCGUGUUGCCGCCACCCCCUUAGCCCUGCCCGGGAUGAGUGCUUUGCCCGUUGGGCUCCCUACCCUAACUAUGACCGGGACAUCUUGACUCUUGACGUCAGCCAAGUCACCCCCAACCUCAUGGGCCAUCUCUGUGGAAACCAAAGAGUUUUCACCAAGCAUAAACAGAUUCCUGGGCUGAUCCAGAACAUGACUGCCCGAUGCUGUGACCUGCCAUUUCCAGAGCAGGCCUGCUGUGCCGAGGAGGAAAAAUCAGCCUUCAUUGAAAACCUAUGUGGUCCCCGACAUAACUCCUGGCAAGACCCUGCCCGCUGCUGUGACCUGAGUCCUGGGGACAAACAAACCAACUGCUUCAACAUCCAAUAUCUGAGGAAUGUGGCUGUAGUUGCUGGAGACACUGGAGAUGCCAAGGACCCAGGGGAGCAGGACCCAAAUCAGGAAACAAAUAUCAGCCCCACCCAAAAGCCCAGUGAAGAGUGAGUCACCCCAGAGCCUUGGAGGAGCAGAUGGGGGAACCCUACCCCACUCCACCCUCCUCGAGCAUUCAUUACAGUAAACACCUCCUGAGUUUGGUGUCUUCUUUGUGACAGCACACACACAAACACACCCUUGUAAGCCUGCCUGGAUUUUCUUCAGGGACUGGCCCCUGAGGCCCACUGCCCUGCCCCCACUAAUAGAGCAGAAAAUGUUGCACAGGCUUGUGAUGGGAUUAUAGCUAAACGACUUCGCUUCAC